UCAUACAGAUUAGAGCACAGCUUGUUAGUUUUGUAUCCAGCCCUAAAAAGAAGAGCAAAUCAUGCACAGACUCAGCAGGUAAUUCCACCAUCAACCUCAUUACAAGUAUUUGUGUAGCAGGUCAUUUCGCUACGCUUGUGAGGGCUAGGUCUAUAUUAAGAACAGGUCAUUCCGUUCCUGAUUUAACAACUUUCAUGACGCAGACGACUCAGCAGGUAAUUCCGCCAUCAACCUCAUUUACAAGUAUUUAUGAAGCAGGUCAUUCCGUUACACUUGUGAGGGCUAGACCAGUGUUAAGAGCAGGUCAUUCCGCUUCUGAUUUUAGCUAA